AUGGGUCCAGCGCCAAGUACGGUGCAUUUCUCUAGUUAUACACCUCUGGGCCCACAUAAUGAUAGAAUAUUUACUACUUCUUAUGAUGAUGCACCUUUGGCGACGGAAUUUUCAAGUGAUGCAAUUUUACAACAAAGAACUCCAAUAAAUAUACUGCAAGACCUACCUAUAGAUACGAUAAUUGGGUGUAUAAUGACACAACCUAGUUCUUAUACACUGGAAAAUAAUCCAGAAGAUGUUUGGUUUAAAAUUUUAAUUCCAUUAUUUAAAGGUUCGGACGAUAAAGCACCUAUAUUUCAACAAAUUCUUACAGAAUUCUUCAAAUUCUUAAAUGAUCGAUCAAAAAAUACCCUCAAUGAUGAAGAAAAUCGUAGAAAUAUUCUAAAAGAGGUAAUAAACAAUAAAAGAAGAAAUUUGCAGCAUGCAUACUCAAUCCAAUUAGAAUCCUACGAUAUAUUAAAUGAAAAUGAACUAAAUAAUUUGACAAAUACAAAAAAUUUGAUUUCGAAUGCUUUAAAUACGAUGAAAUUACCUGAUUUUUCAUUUAGAAUACAACAAACGCAAACCAAUAAACUCAUUUCCAAGCGAAUUUGUGAACUUUUGGAAGGAAAUUCGAAUUCAGAUCCAUCUGCACUGUUUGAAUCGGUUGCCUGGGGUAUUUUCUCAGGAGACGUUACUCCAAUGAUCACGACCUUACGACUUUUAAUGAAAAAUCAUUACGAAAACUCAAAAUUCACUUCAAAUUUAUUAAAUUCUUUCCAAAAAUUCAAUAACAACUUAACAUUAGUUAACGCAAUACCAGUUAUAAACCAAUCCAUCGUCGAUGGAUCGAAAGAAAUACCAAAUGGAUUAUUUUCAAAUCAUUCAACAACUUCUUCAAUAACUACUGACGGAAACUACAUUUACUUACUUCUAAAGCCAACAACAAUCCUACAGAUAUCAUUAUCUAAGUCAAUUACGAAUGAAAAUACAAGAUUUUUCAAUAAAGAUAUAAAUUUGUCAAAAGUCGAAAGAUUGAAUGUCGGACUUGCACUCUCAAACGACAAGCUAGUUGUUCUUGGUGAAUACAUGUCCGAAAGCUUACUUUUACAAACAUCUCCAUUAGAUGAAGAAAAAAGGAUCAAAAAGUCAAAAAUUUCACUUCCAAUAUGUUCAGACAGUAAAUUUGUGUACUCUAUAAGAGGUUCCAACUGUUGUAUCCAUACUUUUAAGGAAACAAAAUUAAAAUUAAUCCGAAAAGUGAAGUUGAUUGAAUCCGGAGCAGAAUUGAAGAAACUGUUCUCAUCCAAACUUAUUCCAGACCUUUCUGAUGCGAUUUUGUUAUCAAAUGGAAUUAUUUUAUCAAUAAUCAAGCCAAUUCAGAAAAAUCAGACAAACAGUAGAUUCCCAUACAUUGCCAGACAUUUUAGUCUCAUUACUGGCCAGCAUAUCUCUGAUAUUGAGUUUGCUUUGAGAUUUCCCAUUGUUUCUUUAGCAAUUGAUCCUUGGAACAAGUGCAUCUGGGGACUGACAUUAUCACCAACAACUGUUGGCAACGAGACUGAAAGAAGAGCUUCCCUUUUGAAGUUAGAGUACAAUGGAUCUUAUCCGCCAUGGCUCGUGGGAACUGACAUUUCUUUUGUAGCUACCGUUAAAGAGUCUUUGUCAAUAUACCAGGCGAAGACUCCUUCUCAGCUUUCUGUCGCAAUUAUUAAUUUUAUUAAUUUUUAUGUUUCACAUUUCGUCGGAUCUGGCUUCAAUUUGAAGAUACAAGAUAGUCCUGAUCCGAAAUGCACCGUUCCGAUGAUAUUUGCUCCAGGAACUUACUACAAUAUCAACGAAAUCAUCAAACUAUUAGUUCUUUUGAAAGAUUUGUACAUUAAUAAGAAGUUUAAUAACAAUUGGACUGAAAAACAAUACAGAUUUGCUUUAAUUACAUUAGUAGAUUUAUUAAAUUUUGCAAUUUCCAAUUUACAGAUUAAUAUUGCCCCUCCUUUUGAAGAGGAACCAAUUAUUGACCAAAGCCUGCCAAAUUUGCUGCUUAAUUUCCUUGAAGAUCCUCAUUUCAGGUUUUUAAAGGAUCAUGUUUUGUUUUUGAUAUGUAAUUGCUUCGAUAUCAUAUUCGAAAACAACAGAGUUAACGAUGACUGCCUCAUUUCCCACAUAAUUAAUGAUUUAAACCCAAGUUUGUUUUCAUUUUUCAUCUCAAACUUGCAAGAAACAACUGCUUUGCCUUAUUUCUUCUCCCCAAACUCUUGCAGACGGUUUUUGUCCCCAAUAAUGAAGCAGUUGACUUCACUUUCUGGAAAUUUCAACCGAAAUCAGUAUGAUCUCGUAAAUUCUUUCAUGAGAUCACUACUUUUCGAACUUUAUAAGGCUCUCAAGACCAAUACUGGUGAAAUUUCUGAAGAAAAACAAAUUUUACAAGAUAAUUUUUAUUCAUUUUCAGGAAUUAUCACUGAAGAGAUGCUUAAACUCUUAUUUACAUUAGGUCACGACAAAGUUCAACCAGAAAAACUUCAAUUCCUUCCAUUUACGAGAAUUUUCCAGAAAUGGCUGUUAUUAUUACAUCCUUUUGUUAAAUUCUCAAGUGUUUCAUGUGAUUUGGUCUCAAUUAUCCAGCCAUUGUACUCAAGUUUAGGUGAAAAGAUGAGUUCUCUCAAUUUAACAAAGUCAAUUAACAACACAGGCAAAGGAUUCACAUUUAUCUUCAGUAUCUUCUAUGACUUGUUCAGUUUGUACUCAGAUUUCAUCACAGCGAUGGUCGACGGUGGAUCCGAAAUCAAAGAUAUUCAAAAAUAUAAGUGGCUUGUAAAGUCAACUUUAAUGAGCGGUUUGACCUCUGAAAAAGUUGACCAAAUUUACGACGUUUAUGAGAAAAGCGUGAACAUGAUAGAUAUGGCCAAUAAUGAUGCCGAUUGUGAUGAAAUUUUCAUUUUAAACCUAAUUUCAAAAGAGGCAUCAGAUGAAAUCAAGCAAUUCAUGGAUUACAUAUACGCAAAGGUCCCUGAUCCAUCAAACAAGAGAUUAACACCCGAAAGAAAAGUAAUCGAAAGAUUAAUUUUCUCAUCUCUGUUGAAAAACUUAGGAUUCACGUCUUUCGCAAGAGAACUAAGUUUGCACUUAUUAACAGAGGAAAAGCCAGUCCUGAACCAUGCCGUUCGUCAAAGCGCUCUCCAGAUUUACAGAAUCAGGCGUCAACUCGAGAAAUCAAGACAAGAUUGGAUGAAGCUUAAGGAAGAAUGCGAACAAUCACAAGUACCCUUCAAGCUGAACUCUCUUUCUGAAGACUAUCCGAACUAUUUGAAGGAAUUAGAGAAGAAAUGCCUCUUUUUAUUGAAUAUCCGACCAAUUAAGAAGAAGAUUGUUAACGAGAAUGACAAAAUCUUCAUCCAGAUGUGCAAGAACAUCAGUGAUUUCCUUACAACUCCCGUUACAUUAUCCGAUUAUUUCAAAUUACUCGAAACCUCACAAAAAAUCCAGAAAAACAUCACAACAGGUAUCGGCUUGAUCAACAACGUGUUCGAUCAGAACAACGAGAUCUGUUCUUGGUAUAUUCUCCAGAAAUUUUCCACAUCAGGCUCAAUUAUUUCGUUUUUGAAGUCUCUUUCGAAAUCAAUCCGAAAUGAGAUCGAAUAUUCCGACGACGAAACGAAACCGAAGCAUAAGAAAUCGAAAUCGAAGAAACACUCGAAGAAAUCUCGUUCAAAGAAACAAGAAGAAGAGAUGAGGACCAAUCUGAUUAAAAUAGAAAACAACGAAGUGAAAUAUAUUUUAAUUUUAAUUGGCCACGUCCAAAAAUUUUUGAUGGGCAAUUCAGAGCAUUUCCAACAAAACAUUUUAUUGGUUUUCCUUGCGAACUUGCUUUUUGCCAUGUCAAAUUUCGAUGCAGAAGAAGUUUUCAAACCGUUAAAUGUUUUGAUCGACCAAAUGUUGAAUCAAAGGAAAGAAUACAACGAAGAAGAGUAUUCCAGCCUGAUUGCAUACAUCAUUUCAACUCUUUACGUGAUAAUUAACACGAAUGACGGAAUUAUCACUUCCAAACAAUAUCCGAAACUUGUUGAAACACUGCAGAAAUACAAGGAAUACUCACAACAAAGAAAAUCAAUCGCGAUGUUGUUCAACAAACUAAAUGUUUUUGAACAUCAAUCUCCUAUGGAAAUGAUCAAUGAUUUAGCCAGUUCUUCGCCAAAACAGUUCUUCUCAACAUCACAGUUCCUCUUCCAAUUGAUUGAUGAAAGCAAAAACAAAAUUGGUCUCUUGUAUCCGAUCUUUGAAAAUAUUGCAAAAAUUGCGUCUGGUCAAAUAUCACUUUUUUGCUCAAAAUAUUCUAUGCCGACCAAUUUAAGGAAUACAGAUGAUAAGACACAGUUUGAUACAGCAGGUAUACAGCUUGCAGGAUGUUCUAUUUUCAUCUCGAUGAUCAGACGAUUUUUGAUAAAUAACGAUGAAGAAGUUUUGAAAAUUAUAAAUUACAUUUUGCUGAAAAAUAAAGGAAAACAAAGUGAUACGAAAUACGCCAGAUACGAUGAUCCAAUUCUCUUAUACGCUGUAUUCGCAAUUCUCUCCAAUGUUAUUGAUGUAUUCCAUUUCGGAGGAAUUGUCAAAUACGCACAGGAAAACGACAUGUACAUUGUCACUGAUUAUGAUGAUGUAAACCAUAAAAUUGUGGCCUGGCAAAUUCCUAUAACCGCCAAUUCAAAGUUGACAAAACUUGACGCGAAUUACAAUUUGCAAAACAAUUUGUUGUUUAGUUUUAGAGUUUCCAUGUUCCCUGAUUAUUCUAAUUUGUUGCAUUACUUCAAUUUUGCAAUCAAUCCUAACUCAAACACUAUGAGAGAAGGAUUGAAUUACUACAUAAUUAGUUCGUUGAAAGAAUAUGCAACAAUUCCUAAUUUCAUCCAAGAAAAUUUACCAAAUAUUUUCUCUAAAUUCCAGAGAAACAAUUUCAAUUUCUCAUUCAAGAACCAGUCGUUUUUGAACAUAUUGAGAUGCCAUCUUCUCAACAAAGACUCUGAAGGAUUCAGACAGCAGAGAAAUUCGAAAUUGGAAUUCCAUUUGGUAAAUUUGACUUAUAACUAUUCAAACAUUGAACAAGUUUAUGAUUCUGAGACAUUGCAAUCUAAUUUUGACAUUUCUUAUUACUGCACACAGCCAUUGGGAAACAAGAUCUCUUUGUUUAAUAUAAAGAAAACUGAUUGCAAGAACAUAGAAUUCGGAAUUACUUCUCCUUCUUACAAAAUAUGGAAUAGAAAAGCGGUUUAUGUCAGAAAAAUAUUCAAAAGACUUGAUUUGUGCGGAUUGGACACUUUAGAUAAAGCGUUUUUACCUGUAAUAAGAUUGUUUUCAGAAAUCGUCUCUUUUGAAUACAACCGCUCCACAAACACAAUCAAAAUUGUUAGUGGAACUGACAAAUACACUGUCAACUUCCCUUCAGACAUGACUCCAAUUUUCUAUGUCAUUUUUUACGAUGCAGGCAAAUUGGAGUAUAAUUUAGAUGACAAUUUGAAAACAGAUGAAAAAGUCAUCAAAAAGAAAGUCAAUGAAAAUGUUUUUAAUUACAAAACAUUGACAUAUGAGAAGCAGCAAACAGUUGACAAAGUUGUUGUUCCUCUUCGAAACACAAUGAUAUUCAAGAAGAAAAAGACUUUGCCAAUCAACAAUGUCAAUGAAAUAAAAUCAUCAAUAGAAGUAAACAAUGAUUACAGACCAGACCUUGAAGAAAUGUGGACAAAAGUAGCAAGACUUGGAUCAUCUCACCGACCAUUUAUAGAUGAAAAGAAACAGCUUUAUUUCGAUUAUACCGGCAUUGAAUUGAAGAAUACUUAUCAAUCUUUGUUAACUCAUCAUUCUUAUAAUUCUUCUUUCAACUUUUUCCAAAUACAAAAGCCAUUGCUGAAGUUCUCUAAUAUCUCCUAUUUCAGAGGAAAGAAAGAUGAUAAAAUAGACUCAAUCGUAAAAAUGAAACAAAUAUUUUAUCCAAAUUACGUAAUGACAAAUAAAAGUGACAAAGAAAUUUAUGCCGUUAACGAUAUGACAGGAAAAGUUUCAAAAUUCAAAGAUUUCAUUGAACUCAAGACAUUGCCACCGAUGAAUCCAGAUUAUUUCAUCAGUUUGCCAACAAAUCUGAUUAAUUAUUUCGAUUCAUCAGUUGUAGAUGAUUUGAGAUUGAGUUUAUUCACUGAUUGUUACAUUUCUCAGUUAAUUAAUGGAAAAGAUUUCGCCAAAACAAACGAAAUCUUCAAAGUUAUUGAUGACAUUGAUGUUGUAACAAUGAUGAUACACUUCUUAACAAUUGCAGAACCAUUUAACAACGAAGAAAUCAUUGAUUUCAACGUGAAUUAUUUCGACAAGAACCAAAACGUUCCUUCAAAUGUCGGAAAUUAUGUCAUCGCUUCACAAACAAUAUUUAAUCAUUAUCAAAGUAACAAUUUGACUCAUAAGUUCAUUAAAUCUGUUUUCGACUUGUUCUGCACAAUGAUGAAAUCAAUGAAUUGGCAUUACGUCUUAGAUAAUCAUUCCGAUUGUUACUUCAUAACAAAUGACAGAAGUAAUGAUUUCGUUGUUGACGAAUCAUGUGAAGAUUUCAUUUGUUUAGUAACGAAAGACAAUGUCGUAGUGAAUGAAGAAACAUUGUCUCAUAACAGAUACAUGAUUGUUCACAACCAAAUCAAUGGAUACAAGUUCCAUACUGAUGAUCAAACAUUGAUUUUGAUUCCUUUCAGAGACACAAAAGUUUUGUUGGGAACUUUUGGAGAAUUAAUUGUUUUGUUCAAGUAUCUUGUUUAUUUCCUGAAAGAUAACUCGAACAUAGCUCAUGAACUUCGUAAGAGUGUUUACUCAAACGUUCUUGAUUCAUAUUUGUUUAAUUCUCCAUUUUUCGUAACUAAUUUUGAGAAAAUUUUGUCAUUUUUGCAGAAAAACAUCAGAACAACAUAUUCUGAUAUUUCUGGAGACUUCCUUUCUCGUCUUAACAUCCUUGCAAGUAUGUCAAGAUCAAGAUCAAUUCCUCCUUACAUCACAUCAUUCAUUGAAGAACACCAAGCAAUUUGGGAUGAAAGAGUUUUAGUUCCUUUACGUGCCUAUUUCCCAGAAUUCCUCACAGAAGCAGAGAAAGUUGAAAUACAGCGUUCAAACAUUGUUGCCAAAUGCAAUCUACCUUCUGAUCCAUUUGCGAAACCAAUCACAACAUCGCAGAAUUUGUCCAAUUACAAAUUGAUAUUGAACAGAUUACUUUCUAUUCGAAAAGAUAUCAUCGCGUAUCCAUUUCAUUACGUGAUAACUUAUUGGUCUGAAUUGUACAUGAUGUAUCCUCCUUACACAACAAAAAUAGAAGGAUACAUAAUGAAAGUUACUUUCACUGAUUUCAUUCCAGAAAAAUUUACUGUUUUGCGUCCAAAAACAGUUAAUUUGCAAAAGAUCAAUGUUAUUCUUCCAGACGGAACGAAAGAAGUACACGAGAACACGUUUAUCUAUACAAAUAAUAGAAGAACAAUUAUUUUGGAAGGCGAUGUUUUGUGGGGAAGUUUCAUUUUCGUUAUUGCUGAUACACAACCAAAAACAACUGCCGAAUUCGAUGAAAAACAAAGAGAAAAGUUUGUUUCAGACAUGACGACAUUGGCUUUGCAUUGGGAUAAUCAGACAGACCAAAAGAUCUCCAACUGUUUCACAACAGAUAUCUUAACUAAAAUGGCAUUGAACUUCGAGUUUGAUGUAGAAGAUUUAUUAAAGACAGAAAUGAAUUUUGAUUUCCCAUUAAUUUUGAUUCGAGCGAAACUUCUUCUCCUUUUGAAUUGGAUGAUCUUCAACAAAGUCAUGGAUCUUUCUACUGAUAGUUCUUCUAUGCCCUAUCUUUCCUACUGCAUCUCCAGCGCGUUGAAGAUGAAAAUGCUUCGACAAAUCGUUCUAAAACACUCCGAAUCAGGAUAUAUUUCUGUCAACGUGAACCGCGCAAGUUCCUUUGAUUUGAAGAACGGAAACUCAACAAAUUACGAUAAUUCCAUCAUUGCACAGCUCUCAAGAAUAUGCAAUAUCACAGAACUUCGAAAUAUAAAGAGACCAUGGAAAGUUACAUUUGUCGGAGAAAUGGCAAUUGAUGCAGGUGGUCCUGCAGUUGAAUUGUUUUCAAAUGCUGCAGAAGAUUUCACUUCUCCUAACUGCGGACUUGUUGUUAAGAUUCCUAAUGCUAGGAAUGAAGUUGGUUUCUAUAGAGAUUGUGUUGUUCCUUUCCCUAAAAUUGGAGUUUCGUACAUUCAA